AUAAUAAUAUAAUACUACGCGCACGCCGCGGACACUCGCGCGUUCGUCGUCCGCGCCGACGACACGCGGUGAUUUGAUCGUCGCCGCCGCCGCCGCCGCUGCCCACAAAACACCACCGUCAGACACGCGACAGUAUCAUAUUAUUAAUAAAAUACAUAAUGUACUCGUCGUACGAUAUUAAAUUAAUUGCCACAUCGCACUAACAUUUGGAAUAGUAUAAUAAUUUAAACGUUUACACGUUCGUCCGUCGUCCUCUAUCCAUCCGUAUAUACCGCUCGCGACGUGUAUAACGCGCGCCGAUUCUAUCAUUCGGUUUUCCUACAUCCGACUCCCCACCACACCUCCCCCCCAUUUCCCCCGGAUCGGAUCCGGUCCCCCCCUACCCCCCUCGAUUCGCUACCUCAAACCACGCCGCGCGUCGUACACGCGUUAUAUUUGAAUAUUACAUGAUAUGUUUCGUUAAAAUGUUGGACAGACCCCAAUGACUAUGGAGAAUUGCGCGGAACUAAUCGUUCAAGAUCAGAAGUAUUGCUACUUCCGGAAAGCAGUUCACUUUUGGGCGCAACAGGCACUGCUGCCAGCCGUUGUGGCUGUAGGCGUGGUGGGUAACAUGCUAUCCGUAGUUGUACUUACCAGAGAACCGAUGAAAAGCUCUACCAGCACGUAUCUGACUGCCCUGGCUGUAUCCGAUUUGUUUUAUUUGCUAUUUGUGUUUACCAUAUCUUUUGAGAACUAUCCGUGGAUCGUUGAAGCCGAUUACUACAUUUAUUGGAAAUGGUAUCCUUACGGACUGUGGCUUACCGACGCUGCAAGCAACACGUCGGUGCUGUUGACGGUUUCGUUCACCGUCGAACGGUACAUAGCCGUGUGCCAUCCGCUGCGCGGCCGGAUGCUGUGCACCGAGUCCCGGGCCAAGCGCGUUAUCCUGAUAGUGGCGCUGUUCUGUAUCGCGUGCACUGCUUCCACGCCGUACGAGUGGCACAUAGCCAUCAACGCGGCCACCGGCAAGUUCCAGAAGAGCAGCACGGAACUGGGCCGGAACGACAUCUACAAGAAGGCGUACAACUGGUUUUGCAUCGUCACGUUCAUAUGCGUGCCGCUGCUGGUGCUCACCGUGCUCAAUUGGUUCCUGAUCAACGCGGUCAAUCAAAGCCGCCGGAACCGGACGCGGCUCACCUGCCAGGGAAACAUGGUGUGGAACAGGCAACGGCAGGAGAACAAAAUGACCAUGACGCUGAUCGCCGUGGUGAUCAUGUUCUGCGUGUGUCAGACGCCGACGGCCGUGAUGAUGCUGACCGCGUCCGUGUACGAGCCGCCCGAGAAGACGCCCGCGUACUACGUGAACCGCGGCCUGCACACCAUUUUCAACUUCCUGAUGGUGGUGAACGCCGCGUCCAACUUCAUGCUGUACUGCGCCAUGAGCCGCAAGUACCGGCGCACGCUCAUGAUCACGUUCAUGCCGUUCCUGGCGGCCCGGCACGCGCGCAACGCCACGCUCCGGUCGUCGGUCAGCUACCCGCGGUCCGGCACCAUAGUCCGGCGCAACACCGAAGUGACGCAAAUGACCGACAUUGUGGGCGUCGCGUCCGCCGGCAAACGCGAACUGCUCGUCCGGGCCGGCACCAACCACGGCAGACACGCCGCCAACAACAACAAGCAGCAGCAACAGCAGCAGCAGCAGCAGCAGCUGACCGUCACGGCCGUCCUCUGAGCUGUACGUCGACGAUGAGCCGCGAGUUCGCCGUCGCGUCGCCGGUCGUGUCGCGUGGCUUCUGCUCGUCGAAUUCUGCACGACUGGCCGUGACCACGAUCUGUCGGGCGCAGAUCCCGCAGAGUUUGUCCGAGCUCGA